AUGGCGCACCCGGAGAGACACGGGGUAGCGGGCUUGAGGAUUGAAACAUCGUUCCGUGAGAAACAAUCAGGAUGGCCUGAUGAAGACGAGGGGAGGGGGAGAUCGACGACGGGUGGUGAUGGUAUCGAGAGCGACCGCACCAACAAUCAUGACUACAACGCGCGCCGCGGCGAUACUAAUGAAGACCGCAGUCUCUACAGUGAUUUGCAUUCAGCUACGCCUCCCAUCUCCGUACCCCGCCCGGAUGGCCGUCCAGCGGACGAGGCCGAGGAGUUCCCCCACAAGCCAGAUGAUAUUCCCGGCUCCCCGCUUGAUGACUACUUGAACAAGCGCCGUCCAUCCAUCAGCUUCAACCCCAAAGUCUCUCUCGACUCCGGUCUGCAGCGCCCUCUGGAAGAGCCUCUCGUGAAAGGCGACGCCAAGAAUCCCCCCCCGCAAAAGUUCGAGUCCCGGACCUCUGGUCUCCGGAACGCUCUCACUCAAGAUGAAGGCCCCGUCGAUCCGAAGGCCCAACCUUGGGGCUGGGAGAACAAGCGGUCGCCAGACCAGCGUGGCAUCCCGACCGGAGCUUCCCGUCCACGCCCUUUCAUUCCUUCAGAAGAUGGCGCGUCGAUUGCAACGACCGAACUCGAACAACCGACUUCACUCACCUCGCUUUCAACUGCAUCACCAGGCGAUGAAAUCCGGACUCCACCCGAGAACAAAGAUGUGAUGCUGUCACCCCUCUACAUCACGUCGCCAACUCAGUCAUUGGCGUCCCCUGAGGACCGUAGUUCCUCCUGGUCGGGGGGUCAUAUGACACCCUUUGGAAGCAAGCGCAGCUCUACGCUGGACCGUAGCGGCAGUUUGCGAAAUACCACGCGGCACAGUUCUCGACGUUCCACCCUUUCUAGCGGCAAAUCGCCAGCGAGCAUGUUUUUGUCCAUGUGGUCCUCUGGCCGGGAAGAGCCAGUCACCCAGCCGGACGAUGAAGGCCAAAUGGUGGGAACAGACUAUGUUCUUGGAAAACAGAUUGGCUUUGGCGGCUUCAGUGUUGUGAAGGAGGCAUAUAAGGUUGAGGAGUAUAACGAGCCCAAACGACUUGCAGUUAAGAUCGUGAAGAAGCAUGUAGCGGGCCGGAGCGAGAAGGAGAAUGAGGACGUGCAAGCCGAAUUCGACCACGAGGUUCGGGUGUGGCGAUAUCUCAGUCACCCUCAUGUCUUGACUUUGGACUCCGUCUAUGAGACGGAUUUCGCGACCUUCUGCUUCACCAAGCUCGCCAUCGGUGGUACGCUGUUCGACUUGGUCCGCCAGAAUCGAAAGGGCCUCAACACUCAGCUUGCGAAGAAAUACACCUACCAACUUGCAAGCGCCAUCCGCUAUCUUCACGAAGACGCCCGUGUUGUGCACCGUGACAUCAAGCUGGAGAACUGUUUGCUUGAUCCCGUUGAAGCACCCGACGGCUCCAUCUCCUCGAAUCUGGUCCUCUGUGACUUUGGUAUGGCGGAGUGGAUGACGAUUCAUAACGGCGGUGACUCUCCUGAUCCUUAUGACGAGGUUGCCGAUCGACCUCCCCCAAGCAAAUGGGCCCCGCAGGCUCCAGUACCAGUCGGUGUUAUCCACCCAUCGGUCGAUAUCUGGGCCUUUGGCGUGAUCGUGUUCACUGUUAUCGUUGGCUCUCGUCCCUUCCAAGAUUCCUUCGCCCCUCGUAUCCAAGCCAAUAUCCUCAGCGGUACAUGGAAUCACGAUGCUGUGAUCGGUAAGGUGGCCGAUGAAUUCUUGCGCCAGGAUCGUCGUGACGCCCUCGAAUUGGUUAAGGGGUGCCUGGAGAUGGACGUUGAUAAGCGAUGGACCAUCCGCGACGUCUUAGAAUGUGCCUGGCUCCGCGAGGUCGCCCAGACCGCCGAGGAAAACUCCCCGGACUCUGUGUGGUGA